UUCUCUUAAGAAAGAAAAAAUCCAUUAAAUUGUGCGUUCAUAAGAUAUUCGGUGGAAAAGUUGAGAAUCAAAGUAAGCUGCGAUCGUAUUCAUUUAACUGGAUCCGAAUUUUUUCUUUUAUUUCGUUGAGCGCAUGAGUUAUAUGGAAAGGUGCUUACGUUAAAAAGUUUACGCAUUUGAGAAGAAGAUAAGAUUGUGUGUCAUACGUAAUCACGGACAAAUGACCAAAUUCGGUAUUUAGAUUCGUUUUGUUGACCACAGUUGAAAUUGGUUCAAGUAAAUCAAAGGAGCAGAAUGCAGUUCGAAGGAAAGAAUGUGGUGAUAACAGGAGGUACAGGCGGCAUUGGAUUGGCGUUGGCCCGAUGUUUUUUGAUGAAUGGCGCCGAGAAAAUGGCUUUGUUGGACCGUGAUAAUCGCAACGAUCUGGUGACAAUUCUGCGCAAAACAUUUCCGACGAAGACGAUCAUCUCUCAUUCGACCAAUGUGUGCGACCAAAAUGACGUGGAGCGCACAUUCAACAAUGUGAUUAGCACAUUUCAGACGAUCGAUUGUGUCGUUGCUUGUGCAGGUGUUUUAAACGAAGACGACUACCGGUUGACAGUCGAGGUCAAUCUGAUGGGUGUGAUACAUACAAAUUACACGGCGAUGAAGUACAUGUCCAAAGAAGCUGGCUAUAAUGGUGGAUUAAUUGUGAAUAUAGCAUCAGUAUGUGGUAUUGAUUGUUCCCAGUUUAGUACGCCGUCAUACAAUGCAACCAAACACGGUGUGGUUGCGUUCACGCGAAGCUUGGGUGAUACUUAUUUCUACGAAAAAACGGGCAUCAAAUUCGUUGCGAUGUGUCCCGGAGUGACGAUAACGGAAUUUCUCGACAAUUUGGAACGUAGAAUGAUUUCGAUUGAAGCCUAUGAAUUGACUAGCAAAAAAUUGGAAUCGGUUUUAAAGCAAAGUGUUGAUGAGUUCGUGACCGCUUUCAUUGAUGUUUUAAAACAGGAUAAAAAUGGUUCCGUUUGGCUGAUUGAUGGCGGCAAAUUCAAAGAAAUCACUUAUCCAAAUCCUUGGUAUGAUAAUAGAAUUCAAAACCAAGCAUAAGAUCAACGUGCCACAACAAGUGCAUGCCACACAUACCGUUUGUACUUAAACCGGCAUAGUUACUGAUUACAUCUGUAAUCUAUUCCAUGAACUUGGUAUUGAGAACGAACAAUUUGUCGGUGAGUCACACAGCCUAUAACACAGUUUAUGCUAUCAAUCAUGUCAUUUUGUUUCUGGAUAACGAUAAACAAAAAUAUUGUCUUAAAUAGUAUCAAAUGACAAAGAGCAAUAAAUCGAC